CUGCUGUCGGGCUCCCUGUCUUUGAAACGUGGGAAGCCGGGCGCGAGCAGGGAAGCAAUGACCAUGAAAGUAGAUUCUGAAGAGCAAGUUCUGGUACAUAAAGAGUUCACUUACAUUAAUGGAGUUGCUACCGAGGUCUUCAAGUGUGGCCCUUGGACGGAUCUCUGGAAAAAUAAAAGUGCUCCCAAAGUCUUAUUUCUAGUUAUCCCGGGUAAUCCAGGAUUGGCUGGCUACUAUCAAACAUUUAUUCAAUGUUUGUAUUCUGGCCUGAAUCAGAAGUAUCCAGUUUGGGUUGUUAGUCAAGCUGGACAAUGUAAACUCCCUAAUGGCAUGGCAAUGGUGGAAGGGAAGGAUAUUAAUGAACCAGACGAUGUCUUUGGAAUCCACGGGCAAGUAAGACAUAAACUGAAGUUCCUCCAAAAGAAUGUGCCGAAAGAUGUGAAGCUUGUACUUAUUGGCACUUCAGUUGGUUGCUAUAUUGCCCUUGAAAUGAUGAAGCAUGCACCAAAACUGGAGGUUCUCCGCAGUGUGCUGCUGUUCCCUACAAUAGAGCACUUAGCUCAGUCCCCAAACGGCAAAACUGCAACACCCCUGCUCUGUCAUCUCCGUUACGCUCUAUACAUACCUAUAUACCUGAUGAUGUGUCUCCCAGAAGCAGCUAAAAAGUUCUUCGUACGCCUUGUAUUACGAGCAGUUAAACACCUUGAUGAAUCUGUAUUCAACACUGCUGUAGAUAUGCUUAACAUGAACUGUGUUGCAAACGCCAUGUACCUGGGAAGUGACGAGAUGAGGGCGAUCAAAGAGAGAGACAAUGCUAAUAUAAGAAAGCAUUUAAAGAAGCUGACUUUUUACUAUGGAGCUACAGACGCCUGGUGUCCUGUGCACUUCUAUGAAGACAUGAAGACGGAAUUUCCAGAUGGAGACAUCCGAUUGUGCGAGAAAGGACUACGCCAUGCUUUUACACUAGACAGCUCCAAAGAGGUGGCUGAAAUGGUUGUAGACUGGGUUCAAGAUGAUUUGGCCAAACUGUAAAUGCAGAUGGAGCAGAUAAAGGGGUUGGGGGGAUGUUUAAUUCUUUUUGUGGGUGUCUAACUGUCCUUGAAAAGGUUCACCACUGAGAAUCGCAGCUUCUUUUCUCUAAAAAAUGUAGUAUAACUUUGUGGCCCAAUGUGCAGUCCCAUUGACAAGA